AUGAGCCUGCCAGCCGUCGGGAAGGUCGAAUUGGCAACGAGAGCCGGCAAUUUCCCUGCCAUUCCAGGGGACAACGGCUCGUGCCAGGAGAUCAUACAACUCUGCUCGAAUGACAUUGGGAACAACGUGGCCACAAUUGUAGGAGAAGGAGAAGAGUUCCAGCUCUCCAAAGCGUGUAUUCUCGCCGCAACCUGUUACCCAAUGUACUACAACGGCACCGUUGACGACUGGAUUCAGCUGCAGUUUGGUGCACAGAGCGACGGUACCAUCAAUGGCAGUUUGAGUCGGAAAGCCCAGCGGCUUUCCCAAGACCUGUACAAUACCCUGGUCACAGCGGGUACUAGCGUCGCGUCCCAACAGUCGUUUAUUGACGCGUAUUACAGCCUUAUCGCAACAGUCGGCGGACCUUAUCCUGUGAAUACAUACGUGAUCAACGUGUGGGCCCGUAUCGCUGCAUGGACAGGUUUUUGCGCAAGCAAAGAUAUCCCGUACUCGAACCUUGCUGACUGGUUCCAAUACUCGGCGACCUCGAAUUAUUCACCUACUUGCUAGGGUGCAGUACUAUCCACUCGGAGCGUCGUCUACCCUCAUAGCAUCGGGUGGACGAAAGCAUCGAUAAUAAUAACGGUAUCCUGUGCUUGUGGACACUGGGACACGGUAUAUCAGCCCCAUAGUCGUAUUAUCCCUCCAGCCGCUCUUCUUCUUUAUGAGACUCGCAUAAAUGUACCUGACGGUUGAAAAUUUUUGCAAUCCAAUCCGUAUACAACUC